AUGGCAGCCCUCGUACUGAUGUCUUUACUCUUUAUUAUCAUGGACACUGCAGAGACGAUCAGCAACCCACAAAUAAAAGUGAGACCAGCCAUAGUAGUAAAAGGAAAGAGCAUGACCGUAACAUGUGAAGCAGAGCCACGCAGAGCAACUACAGAGCUACAGUUUGCUUUCUACAGAAAUGGGCACAAUGUGCAGGGAUUCAGUUCAUCCAACCAAUAUGGAGUCCCCUCAGCUCAGCUGGAGCAUUCUGGGAGUUAUAUCUGUGAGGUACAAACUCAGUCUGGCAGAAGAAGGAAGAGGAGUAAUGUUAUCAAUAUCCAGAUACAGGAUGAUCAUCUGGAGGAGGACAUUAUGAUGGAUUCAGAACAAUAUGAAACUUCCAAAGGUGAGAACCAAUCACAAACUCUUGAAAAUACUUUGAGACUGGUAUUGUCUGCAGUUAUAUUUAUAAUUAUAUUAUGUAUUAUAUUCUAUCACAAAAGGACCAUGGACAUAGGAAUAAUUACAGAUCCCCAGGCUCCCUUGCAAACCAAACCAAUUGGCCCCUUGCCUUUGCCCCCAACUCUGCAUCAACAUUUUGCAUCUGCUGCUCCUCAAAACCCUCACAACCUGGCCCCAAGACCCUGA